AUGAGAAGUCUCUGCCUUGUAAUCUGUUUCUUGGCUGUGUUUACCUCGGCACGUGUGAGUCCGAGAAGCAGUUUGGAUUCUCUGGAUCUCAGAAUCACUACUAUUCUGUUUGUGAUAGCUGAAGAUAUGGGCUUACCGCGUAAGAAUCUUAGGAUUCUGGACGUUUCCUAUAAUGACCUGCACGGUAGAGUUCCAGAGUUUAGGAAAGGGGUUGUAUAUGCUGAAGGUAACCCGCAUAUUGAGAAGGAUGUUAUCUCUCGAAAGACAGAACCGAUUGGACUACAACCUCAGCCAUCUAGUGCGGUUAGUGAAAUAGUGGUAGCUUCUGACGACAAUGCCAUUCCCUUCCACAUUCUCAUAGAAGCUACUGCUGGCUUCAGUGAUGGUAAUGUCAUCGGUAGAGUUUCUUGGUUGGUCACAGAGACAAACAAGGAGAGCUCAGUUACCGUCUUACGCCUAUGUUGUGGUUAG